AUGUCAGCUACUCCAUCGCUUCGGUCGCGUACUCCAAUCUUUCGAUCGCCUCCUCAACGACUUCGAUCAUUUUCUUCUGGCUCUUCAAUUGGCUCUAAUAUCGCAUGCACCACGACUCUUCGCAAUUUGGAUGCCGCAGGCUUUGCUGCUUGUCUUGUUCCAUUGACUUCGUCAUCAACUCAAUUGCCUCAAAAAGAUCUCGUACACACUACUGUUCUUCGCAAUUUGAUUGCUGCUGGUCUUACACAAGCUGAUGAUCUUAUGAUUCAUCCUUCUUCUAUGGUACAGGACAUGCCCUCCAAAUCGCCCGUUGCUGUUGUUACUCCUCAAAAGCGACGUCGCUCAGGUAAUCACAUCAAGAAAAAUAAUGAUUGUCCCAAGUGCUACAAAACGAUGUCUGGCAAGGCGUGUUUGAAAUGGUGGCAUACACGUUGUUUUGAUAUCACGUUGCACUAUCGAGCUGAUGAAGCAAAAGCUCGAGCACGUGAUGGAAAACUGCUCGGUGCCGCCUGUCGACAAAACAUC